AUGUCCGUUAAGCAGAGGGUACUCCUUCUUGGAGCUACUGGUGAGACUGGGAGGUCGAUUUUGAAUGGACUGCUGGAAUCUGGCAACUUUGAAGUGGAAGUUCUAGUGCGACCUGCUUCCGUGCAAAAGCCAGCGGUCCAGAAGCUCCAAGAGCAGGGUAUUAAGAUCUGGUCCAUAGAUCUUGACCAGUCCAGUGAGCUCGUGACUGCGCUGACUGGCAUCGAUACCCUCAUCAGUGCCAUUGGGCCAAAUGACCUAUUGCAGCAAAAGAAGCUCCUCCAAUCCGCGAAGCUUGCAGGCGUCAAAAGAAUUGUUCCGUGCGCUUUCAUCACGGUCGCACCUCCACAGGGUGCUAUGCGGCUCCGUGACGAGAAAGAGGAGGUCUACAAUGCCAUCAAGUUCUUGGGCAUUCCCUAUACAGUGAUCGAUGUCGGCUUUUGGUAUCAAAUCUCAUACCCGUAUCUUCCAUCGGGCAAGGUGGAUUACGCACAGAUUUUCCCCGUCAAAACUAUCCACGGCGAUGGCGAGGCUCCUAAUAUUCUGACCGAUCUACGCGAUAUCGGACAUUUUGUCGCACGUAUAAUCCGCGAUGAUCGGACCCUUAACAAAUACAUUUACACAUCUGGGGAUGUUCUUUCCGAGAACGAAAUCUUCCGCAUUGCAAAAGAACUCUCUGGGGAGGAGUUGGAGCCAAUUGUCGAAUCAAACGAACGUAUCAAGGCAAGCGUUGACCAAGCCAAAGCUGCACUUGCUCAGGAUCCUCAAGAUUUUAUGAAGCUCAGAGGCGUUUACGUAGCUGACUACAACCAUAGCAAGUACGUACGUCGGGAUAAUACUCCUGAGUAUGCGGACUACUUGGGUUACCUUAACGCCAGAGAGCUCUAUCCAGACUUCACGCCACUCAGUUUCCGGGAUUUCUUUGUGGAGCUACUCGCUGGGAGGGGGAGCAAAGUGUACUCUUAG